AAUCAUACGAAAGCUUUGAAUUUCCAAAAAACUAUUGCCGAUAUGUUACAUAUCGCUCCUCACAAAGGAAUAAAAAAAACUAAGAUUCAUCAUGCUGUUGUAGAAUGGCUUAUUGUCGAUAAUCUCCCACUUAAUACUAUUAAUGGAGAAGGAUUUCGCCGAUUUAUGUUGCAAAUUGAUCCUGGUUUCUGCCGGCCUUCUUAUAAAGCACUAAAAAAAGAAAUAUCAUUUGAAAAUACAAAUGCAAAAAAUCAAAUAUAUGAACUUUUGGAAAAAAGCAGUGAAAUGGUUUUUUUAACUACGGAUCUUUGGACGGCAAGAAAUGGAACUGGAUAUAUUGGAAUCACAGCAUAUUGGUUAAGUAAAGAAUUUGAAUUAAAUGAAAUCUUACUUUGCUUGAAGCCAAUGCCAUAUCCUCAUACCAGUCAGGCAAUUGGAGAAUUUCUUAUUCAAAAAGUUCAAGAUUUCAAUCUACAAGAUAAAAUUUUGUAUGUCGUUACGGAUAAUAGUAGCAAUAUGGUAGCUGCCAUAAGAGAUUGGGAUGGCAUAGAAAGAUUACCAUAUACUGCACAUACCUUGCAAUUAUCUGUCAACCGUGCCUUAAAGAAAAAUCACCAACAAAUUCACCGAAUUCGAGAAUUGGUUAAGUUUUUUGAUUUACCCAAACAAAGCCAAAG